AUGAGUCAUGAAGACAAAUCAUCGAUGAGUGUGAACCAGAACAAUGCUUUAACAGAUACUAAUAGCAAUAAAGAUAAUAUUAGUAGUAAUAAUGUGGUUGAUUCAUAUCAGUUGGCUGUAGAUACUUUGUUGACGAGUCAACAACAACAACAACAGUUUCAAGGUGAUCCUAAAUAUUUAGAGUUUACCAAGCAACUCUUAGAGAUUCAAAGAUUACAUAUCGAUCAACUGAAUCAAAACUACACAUCACUUUUAAAUAAUCAUAAAUUACAAUUAGAUAGCAAGCUAAAUGAAUUAAAUAAUGUUAUACAAAAAAAUAAUAAUAGUAACACAAUCAUUAUAAAUACAACUACAGCAACAGCAACAAGAAAAGAUAACCUGAAAAAGAGUAAUGAUGAUUCUUCUGUUGCUGAUGAUGUUGAUGGUGAAGAUGUUCGUCAACCAAUGACCCUGACGCAACGACAUCAUUACACUUAUGACAACAACGAUGACAAUAACAAUAACAACAAUAAUCGACAGAAUGAUACAAGUUUAUUUUCAAUAUUAAAUCAAUCACUUUCAAAGCUAAGGAGAAAGCUUAUCAUUAAUAAUCAACAAGAUAGAGUACAGCUAGCCGAUAGACUUUCGAAAUUGUUUGAAAAAGAGUUUACACUUGAGAUACAUAUCAAAGAGGAUGAACUACUUAAGAUCGAUACCAAUAUCUUAAAGGUCAAGGAGAUGCUCAAUCAGAUGCAGCGAUACCGAUCAUCACAUUUCAAGAAGAAAACUGAUGCUCCAACAACAAGUUUAUCGGCAACCAAGAAGACAACCUCAUCUUCAUCUUCCUCCAAUCACUCUUCGACUUCCAACACUGGCAGUGGUUCAACUAAAAAAUCAAAGAAUGAUAGUGAUUAUCCAUUAUACUAUAGAAGAAAUGAUGGUGUAUUUUUACAAUUAAAGUGUAGAGUUUGUCAUAGAGUGAACUUCCAUAACAUGACAGGAUUUAGACAUCACAACAGAAAUAAGCAUGGAAUAUCCUAUGAUACUCUUGAUGAUCUUCUACUCAAGUGUGGUAUUGUUGUUGAUGAAAAGGUGGUGCCAUACGAUGAUCCGUCCAGAGAUUUACUCAUGGGAUUCUCAACAACAAACAGUAAAGAACUUUUAGAGAAUAAUAUUAAAAAUAAACAACAACAACAACAACAACAACAACAACAGCAGCAACAACAACAACAAACACAUCCACUUUUACAAACUAGUAACAAUGUAAUUCAAUUUCCACCAAACUCUAAUACUCCAAGCAAACCUUAUCUUCCUUUAACAAAGAAAAAGAAGCCAACCACAACAACAACAACCACUACUACAACCACAUCGUCAUCAACGGCAGCAGCAGCAGCAUCGGCAGUAACAGGUGAAACACAAUUACCAUCACCAACAACACCAGUGGUAUCACCAUUAUCAUCAUCAUCUACGAAUACCAAUCUACCAGAGGAAUCUAGUUCAAGAUUCUAUGUUAAAAAGAGAAUUAUUGUUGGUAACACAUCGACACAAAUAGCACCUGAUCAGAGAGGUGCAGACAAAUCAACUCAUAAAUGGAAGGUGUAUGUCAGAGGACCUGAAGCAGAACCAGAUCUUUCAUACUUUAUCAAAAAAGUAAGAGUCUAUCUUCACGAUUCAUUUGCACCGAACGACAUUAUCGAACUUGAGCAUCCACCAUUCCAUAUCACUAGAAGAGGCUGGGGUGAGUUUACCGUACGUGUUACACUUUUCUUUAAGGAUCACAGGAACAAACCAAUAGAUAUAUUUCAUAAUUUAAAGUUAAAUCAACUUCCAAUACAAUAUGGUAUUACCACUGUCGGUGGUGAGACUACAACUGAUAUUAAUUUAGAUAGGUUCUUUUUUGACCAAAGAGAAAAAUUGUUAUUAAAAUCAAAGAUUGAAGAAUUAAAUAAUAAUAAUAAUAAUAAUAAUAAUAAUAAUAACAGUGAAGAAAAAGAGAAUGAGAAAGAACAAGAUAAAGAUAAAGAAAAAGAUACAGUAAAAGAAAAAGAAAAAGAGAAAGAGAAAGAUGAUAAAGAAGAUAGUGAUUUUAAGAAUGAUAAUAAUCAAAAAAGUAAAUCAAGUAAGAAGCGAGAUAUUUCAGCAGUUUUAACCAUUGAAUCAGAGACUGUUUUUGAACAGCUUAAAUCACUUGCAACUAGAUAUCCAACGAUAAGAGAAAAAGAUAAUAAAUCUAAAUUCCCAUAUAGAAUAGCUUCAUCUUUAGAAGAAUGGAAGUCAUGGACUGUCGGUAAACAGAAAUCAACAGAGUAUCGUCGCUUUAAAUUAAUUAGAAAGUCAAUCAACAAGAAGCUAAAUACUAGUUUUACUUUAAGAGAUAUCAUUGAUUGGUGUAAAGAGCACAAACAUACUCCAAUGACUGAUCUACAAAGAGCACACUUUCUUUUGGAAAAAGCAACCAAAAGAGAGAAGGAAAAUGAUAAACUUACUGAUAAAGAGCAGCAUAACAAUGAAGCACUCAAAGAUAAAGAUAGCAAAGAUAACAACAACAACAACAACAUCACCACUAGUAGUAAUAUUAUAGACAAAGAUACUGACCUUAAAGAUAGGAUACAAGAUAAACCUACAAUAGAUAAUAAUAAUAAUAAUAAUAGUUUAGAGUCAAAAGAAACAAAUAAUAAUGAAAAGCAAGAUACAUCUAUUAAAACAAUCAAUAAUAUUGAUAAUAUAACAGUUAAGCAAGAACUAAUUUCACCUAGAGAUAAUAAUAGUACAGCCAAUGCUGUCGUCUCUACUUCUACUAUACCAAUCACCAACAAUAUUCCUGUAAAGACAGAAGAGAGUAAAUCACCUUUACCUUCACCAACUAUACAAACACCAAAACCAAAAGCAACUAAAUUUAAGAAACCUGCACCUGCAGCACAACCACAACAACAACAACCUACACUACCACAAUGGGCACUCUCAUUAUUUUCACCAUCGGCAGCUACUUCCUCUUCCUCCUCGUCCUCUUCAACAACAGCGACAACACCAACGACAGUGGCCUUCAAUGAACCGAAAUCAACGUUGGUUAUGAAUAACAGUUCAAUACUCACUAGCAAUAUCACACCGAAUACAAUCAACAACAACAACAACAACAACAACAACAACAACAAUCAAAUGAUAAGCUCAACGAUCAACCUACCACUCAAGAAAACACUUGGACCCUAUCCCAUUUUCUUUUGUAAAUACUGUGGUACCGGCCACACACCAGACUUUUUUGAUCAAAAACAGCGUCACUGUGGUAGUGUUGCAUGUCUGACAUCAUAUACAACAUUAAACAGCUCAUUCCCACAAAUUCGUAUCACCUAUCCAUCGUAUUUCGAUUCUGAAUCAAAACAACCAUCACCUGAUCCAAGAAGCCAAAUGGUUUUAUUGAAUAAUAAACGAUAUUCAAGUGGUACUCAUCAAAUCCAAUUCAUAAAAGAGGUGGUUUCUUUGUUAAACAUCAAUUUAGAUGAUUUGAAUGCAACUGAAGUUUUAUAUAUGGCAUCCUUGAAAUUCAUUAUCGAAUUAAUCGGUAAAACCUAUGAAGUUUAUUCGAAAGAAAAAGAUAAAGACGAUGAGUCGAUCAUUAAAAUAAUAGUUCCCACUCAUCUUCACACUGCAAUAAGAACACAACCAAUCUUUAAUUUUAUUUCAAACUGUGCAUUAUUCAAAUAA